GUCCCAGUGAAGCGAGCUGAUUGAAGAUCCAGAUGUCAAGCAACCGCUUUAGAAAUUGAGUCAAAAAAGCAAUCGAACUCUCUCCUCCACGAUUUCUCACCCCACAAAAUGACCCAAAAUAGCACAGGAUCCAACCUUCACGUCGUCAUCGUCGGCGCCGGCUUGGGAGGCUGCUCUUGCGCCUUUGCCUGCGCCAUUCAAGGCAUGCGCGUCACGCUCUUCGACCAAGUGGCCGAAUUCUUUCCUCUGGGCGAUUCCGUUGGCUUCAGCUCCAAUAGCUCCAAGCUGUUCAAGCGCUGGGGUCUGUACGAUGAUCUUUGGGCAAUCUCGUCGCGCGCUGAAGAUACCGUGAUGAGGAAUUACGAUGGGAGUGUCAUUACGGUAGAUGGGACGUUGGGAAGUGCGGAGGAGAUCUAUGGGCAUAGAGGGCUGAUCGGGCAUAGGGGCCAUUAUCACGCCAUUUUUAUUGAGCACUGUAAGAAGCGUGGGGUCGAUGUGAGGAUGGGUGAGAGGAUCGAUAGGUACGAUGCGAAUAAGCCAAGUAUCUUCCUACGAUCGGGAGAAGAGAUUGUUGCGGAUGCAGUUAUUGCUAGUGACGGUGUCAAGAGCACGGGUAGGACUCGGGUUCUUGGGUUUGAAGAUAAGCCGUUGCAUAGUGGGUAUGCUGUUUGGAGGGCUUACUCGGAUGCGAAGAUGUUCAAGGAUGAUGAGCUUGUGUCGCCGCUUCUUGAGAAGGAUACUACCCAACUCUGGAUCGGUCCCGAUCUCCACGGCUUCGUGAGCAUACUUCGCGAUUGCACAGAAAUCAACGCUGUUCUGACCCACAAGGACGAGGCUGACAUCUCCGAAGGCUGGAAUUUGCCUGGGUAUCGCAAAGACAUUCUCGAAGCUUUGAAGGGCUGGGAUCCCGUCUUGGUGCGUGUUUGGGAAAGAAUCGAGAAUAUCAUUGACUGGAAACUCGUAUAUCGACCCUGCUUGGAUAAAUGGAUAUCUGAUUCUGGUCUGAUCGCCAUAAUGGGCGACGCGGCACAUCCAUUUCUUCCCACAUCAACCCAAGGCGCAAGUCAAGCUGUUGAGGACGGAGCCACCGUCGCUUUAAGUUUAGCAAAAGCAGGGAAGGGGAAAGUACCGUUGGCGCUGCAUACCUAUUUUGCGAUACGGUAUGAGCAUGUCAAGGCAGCACAGCAGGUUGGGAUUAGUCAGAGGGAUAAAUGGCAUAAUUUGCAUGAUAAGGAGACGAUGGAGAUGAAGGAUUUAGAUACGAGUAAGGGGGUGCUGGACAGUUAUCAUUUGUGGGUGCAUGAUGCGGAGAAAGCGGUGGAGGACGGGUGGGAAGAGGUUUCUCAAAAGAUGCAGGAGCAGCUUGAGCAAUGCAGGAUACCAGAUGUGAACGGGGGAGCGAAGAUAUAAUAAGUUAUCGCAGAACAG